AUGCCAAAUAUCAGAAGGAGAAAACUUUUAUAUAUAUUAAUAAUCAUAACUAGCUCAAUCGGACUUUUAAUUUAUCACACAAAUCUUCUAGAUAAUAAAAAUUUAUCAUUUACUAAUCAAGAUUGGUCAUUUAAAUCACUUAGUGAUAGUUUUGAUUUUUCAUAUUUACCAGAUCUAAGUACUAAUCUCAAAAAUUCAUACAACAAAUUAAAUUUAAAUUCAAACAAUGAAGCACAAAAUUCAAAAGGUUAUGUUUUAGAACCAAAUAACGUUAAAUUUAAAUUUUUGAACAAAAAUAAGAUCAAAAGUUCACCAAAGGAAGUUGUUGAAGAAACGACUAAAAAGUACAAAAAGUUAUUAUCUACAGAAGUUGGAAAACCUCAAGAUGCAUCUUUAAUCCCACCACCUUCCAGAGAUGAUUUACCAAAUUACAAACACGCAAAUGCAACGAUUAUAGCAUUAGUUAGAAAUGAGGAAGUCAUAAAGAUAGGGCAAAGUAUACGUAGAUUUCAAAAAAAUUUCAACUCAAAAUUUAACUACCCAUAUACAUUCAUCAAUGAUCAACCAUUCACAGAUAAAUUUAAAAGAAGAAUCAUAAAAUAUACUGAAAAUGCACCGGUUGAAUUUGUUCAAAUCCAGCCAGAACUUUGGGAUAAACCAAGUACAAUAGAUACAGAAAAAGAACAAAAAGCAAUGCAAAUAUUAUAUGAUCAUGAUAUCGCAUAUGCCAAAAAGGGCUCAUAUCAUAAUAUGUGUCGAUUUUAUUCAGGUCAAUUUUAUAAUGUUCCAGAAUUACAAAAAUAUAAAUAUUAUUGGAGAAUAGAACCUCAAGUCCAAUUUUAUUCUGAAAUUAAUUAUGAUGUUUUUAAAUAUAUGGAAUCAACUCAAAAGAUCUACGGUUUCACUGUUAGUUUAUAUGAUAUUGAAGAAUCUAUUAAAACUUUAUGGCCAGAAACUUUGAAAUACUUAAACAGGGAUGAAAAUUAUAAAUAUGUUAAUACAAACGGUAGUUUCCAAUGGUUAGUUGAAAAUUUACAAAAUCCAAAAAAGAAUAAAAUAGCUGGUGGUUAUUCAACUUGUCAUUUUUGGUCAAAUUUUGAAAUUGGUGAUAUGGAUUUUUUCAGAGGGGAAGCUUAUAAUAAUUGGUUUAAAUAUUUGGAUUCAACUGGUAAAUUUUAUUAUGAAAGAUGGGGUGAUGCUCCUAUACAUUCUAUUGGAGUUAGUUUAUUUGCUGAUAAAUCUAAGAUUCAUUGGUUUAGAGAUAUAGGAUAUAGUCAUGAUCCAUAUUAUCAUUGUCCACGAACUCCUUUUACUAGAGGUUGUAACGUUGGUAAAUUUAGUAGGUAUGAACAUUUGAAUGAUCAAAAUUGUUUAAUAAAUUGGCUAGAAUACGAUAAUAUAAAAGAUGUUUAUUAA